AUCUAUACUCAGUCGGUAACGUUGACACGAAAGUAAAUAGUUUUAUUUUCAUGUUUCGAUAUCUCGAAUGCUACAUUACGAUUAUAGUUGUAAACAUAAUUGUGUCCUAAACUUUUCUCUUUCUUUGUGCAUUACAAAUAAUAUUUUACUGGAAAAUCUAAUUCUUAAAAACAAUUUGAGAGGCAGGUACACCGGUAAUUUUUUUAAUAUGAUAUUCAAUAAACAAUAUUUAUUUUAUACAUGUAAAAAAUCUUCUUUCUCGCGAGCUAACUUAAAAAAUUAAAAUUAUUGAUUGGUAAAAUAUUGGACUACAAAAUUUUUCCUAGGCAGGUGUCACAUAUAAAAUAAGCAGAGAAAAAUCGCUUGGCACAACAUAUAUUAAUAUAAUUAAUCGAUUUAAGCACUUAAUUUGUGCCAAAAUGGAUAAUCGACAUUAUGAUAAUCCAUUUGAUGAUUAUCCUAAUGUACUUUCAGCAAAUGUUGUGAACGCAACUACUAAUGAGAGAUUGAUGCUUGUUAGAUCAAUGAAGACUAUAAAGAAACAAUAAAAAUAUAUAUAAAAAGAUUAAUAGAUCGAUUGAAAGAAAAGGAAAACCAUUGGACUUAUAACGAUGAUUAUUCCAUAUAUACUGGAUCAGCAGGGAUUGCGUACAUGUUUUACAAAUAUGGAAAGUGCUUUAAUGAACCAGCUUACAUUGAUGAAGCAAUGGAAUUAUUAAGGAUAUGUAUAGACAAAUUCAGGGGUAAAAGAGAAAUUACAUUUUUGACUGGUAUUGUAGGUCCACUAGCCUUAGGUGCAGUUGUUUUUCAUUCCAAAGGCUAUUCUGAUGUAGCACAAAAUAUGAUUUCAAAAGUAAAAUCACUGCAAUCAGUUGUUUUAAAUGAAAGUAGUGAUUUGCCUGAUGAGUUACUUUAUGGAAGAGCUGGUUAUCUGUUUUCCCUCCUCUUCUUAAAUUCAAAUAUAUCUCCUGCUCCCAUAGAAAAUGAUCUUAUUAAACAGGUCAUAGCACUCAUAAUUAAAUCUGGAAAUCUGUAUUCUGCUUCAAGAAAGUACAAAACACCUUUAAUGUAUGUUUGGCAUGGGUCAGAGUAUAUUGGUGGUGCACAUGGACUGGGUGGAAUACUUUAUAUACUAUUACAGGCACAGCAGUAUUUGACACAAACUCAAUUACAAAAGGAUAUAAAGCCUGCAUUAGACUUCCUUCAGAAUAUACGAUAUCCUUCUGGAAACUUUCCAUCCUCUAUUGGAAGUCACACUGAUAAAUUGAUCCAUUGGUGCCAUGGAGCACCUGGAAUGACUAUGUUAUUUUGUUUAGCUUAUGAGAUAUACAAAGAUAAAAAUUAUUUAACAACUGCUGUACAAUGUGGAGAAGUGAUUUGGUCAAGAGGAUUACUUAAAAAAGGAUAUGGAAUAUGUCAUGGUGUAGCUGGAAAUGCAUACACGUUUUUAAGUCUUUUCCAGCAAACAAAGGAUAUAAAAUAUCUUUACAGAGCUUGCAAGUUUGCAGAGUGGUGCAUGGAUUAUGGAACACAUCAAAGCAGGUCACCUGACAGACCAUUUUCAUUAUUUGAAGGUCUUGCUGGUACAAUCUAUUUCUUGAUUGAUCUUCAACAUCCACUUUCAGCAAAAUUCCCAGCAUACUCCACUUAAGUUCGAUAUACUUCAAUUCUAAUUAUUUAUUCCUCAUAAAAUUUCAUUUAAAAAUGACACUUUAAAAUCAAUUAUCGCAAUUUAAUUCACACUAUCCAUACUAUUUGGGUUUGAAUUAUACAUACUUAUAUUUCGAAUAUGUAAAUCUAUGUGUACUUUACUGAUACAUAAUAAAUCUUAUACACUACAAAAUAAAAUAAUUCUACAAGUGUUAA